AAGUUAUUCAAAACUUAUUGCAUUCGACUCUAAUAUAACUCAGAAAAAUGAGUCAAUGAGAAAGUGUAGUGGUCACCGUGAAACAAAUAUAUAUUUCUUAUAAAUCCCUGUAUUUAUUGGAUUUAUGUGUAUAAAUAACUAUGUUUGAUUAACCUAUAUGCUUUGCAUUAUUUAAAUACAUAAAUGGUGGUUAACUAACAACAAACAAGGGUCUACAAAAGGAUAUAUUUCACGGAAGGCAAAUUUACAUUUAUUUUUUAAGGAUCAGCCAGUUGGAUAGCAAACCCAAGAACAAUGCUCAGACUUUUUGAAUCGGAGCGAAUGAUAGCUUGCCUGUUUUAUAUUCAAAUACUUCAAGGAAGAUAUAUUAUAAAUCAACAAAACCUAAUAAGACACAAUUCUGCGUAAUUCUAUAUUCUAUAUAUUGUAACGCUAUCGAUGACUUGAAUUUUUAUGUAUCACUUAAAUUUAAUUCAUAAAUCAUGAAGUUACUUGAAAGUUCACGUUUUGAGGCUAUUAACAACGCUCUUUCUAUUCAAACAAGUGGCAUCACGAUUUUUGGAAGGAUAGAAAGUUACUCAUGCAAAAUGGUUGCGGCCGAGAAAGUAUUGUAUAAACGAUUUACAGCAGAUUCUCAUGGGCAUGACCUUCAGGCGUUAUCACCUCCACAAACGUUGACUGACUUUUCACCCAACUUUCGUCGAAACAACAGUCAAUCUGGAGAUGAAGGCAUAACUCUUUGCGAUACCAUUUCCAGAAAAACAUUGUUUUAUUUAAUUGCUACCUUAAAUGCGUCAUUUGAACCAGACUACGAUUUUUCUGAAGCAAAGUCUCAUGAAUUUAGCAAAGAGCCGUCAUUGCAGUGGGUUAUGAACUCAAUCCAUGCAAAUUUAUCGGCAUUAGCGGGAGAUCAGUAUCAAGCUAUACGUCAACCAUUAUGGUCUGCAGUUGACGACGAAGUGAUCCUAUCAGAGUGUGACAUAUACAGUUAUAAUCCAGAUCUAAGUUGCGAUCCUUUUGGCGAACCAGGCUGCUUGUGGUCAUUUAAUUAUUUCUUUUAUAAUAAGAAAUUAAAACGAAUUGUUUUUUUUACAAGUCGAGCAGUGAAUUCUCUUUACGCCGGUGAAACCUUACCCUUUUCGAUGGAAGAUGAAGUGUACUGAGAAAGUGUUUACACCAGUUUAAAAUAUUUUAAAGCUUCUCUUUUAUUAUUAAAUGUAUCUUUAAAUAAUGUUCAUGUAUGCUUCAUUACAUCAAGUAAUUCGAAACAAAUUCGAAAAAAUACUAA